GCACGUAUAUAUAUACUCAAUGGUUCUACGUAUUUUCACGCACUUUUCUCGAAGUGUUCAACUGCGGCUUGCUUUGUAAAGUCUGUCGUUCGGAACCCUGAACAUGAAGGUCUUUAUCAUCUUCGCUUUCCUAGCCGUCGCUGCUGUAGCGCAAUACGCGGAACCUCAGUACCAACCCAUCCCAUACUCAUUCAAUUACGCAGCUGAGACAGAAGAUGGAGGAAGGAGCUCCCGGGAAGAAAGCGGAGACGGUGCAGGUCGUGUCACUGGUUCCUACAGCGUUAAUAACCUAGAGGGACACUCUAGGGUGGUUGACUACAUUGCCGACGAGGGUGGAUUCAGGGCUACCAUUAGGACCAACGAGCCAGGAACAGACAAUAUUAGCCCUGCUGAUGUGGUCUUAGAAUCUUCAGCGGCAGGAGCUUCUGCAGCAGGAGCCUCAGCUUACUCUGCUGGUGCACCAGUCGUAGCAGCCGCCAGACCUGCCCCUAGACCAGCAGCUCCAGCUGCAGGCAGAGCACUUAGAUACAUCCUAGUCCCCAUUGACGAUCCAAGAGCGGCCGGAUAUGUAUAAAUAAUACACAAAACAUUUGGCUAUUGAUAGUUUCUACGGAAGAUUUUUUGGGCAUUAGGUAUCAGAGAUUAUAUUGUAAAAUGAAAUCUGGUAUUGCUUUUUCAAUCGGUGCUAAAUAAUAAAUUUUAUAUUUUUAUAUUGAAAA